AUGGGAGCAUUUUACUCUGCCAGUGGCAAACGAACUGGCUCGGCCGUAUCAGCUGUGUCUGAGCGGCUGGGUAGCGCCAGAGAUGAGAAGUUAUUCUUUCCUCAGCGCAAGAAUACGGUGAUAAGUCCAGACUUUCCAGAGCCAUUCCAUCAACAGUCAUCACAGACGCAAAGUUUGACCUCACCACGUGCGAAGCAAUGGGGACCAGCCAAGCAUGCUGACCGCACUGAAUUCUUUGAUCUUAUUAGGACAAACCCCAGAAACUACACAGUGGUGGUCAAUAAUGGUGUGACCAGGUCGGAGAACUUGUCAGGACUGAUGAGUUUUGCUGUCAAUGGAGACGAAACCAAGGUGGCAUGGCCAGAGAUGCUUGCAGAUGAGGUACACAGAAUUUCUACAAGAGACGAUGAGGAUAUCACCGGACUGGAGGAAUGCUUUAAAAAAGUGUGCAAGAGCAAUGUUGAGUCAAUAAACAGUUUGCUGCCUUACCGAAAACAGAACCAGAGGGAACAGUACAGCACAGGUUUCCAAGUCAGAAGUUACAGAAAUCCCAACAGAGCGGAGAUCAUGGCUGAUUUCAACAACAUGUCCCGACGACCUCGCACAGUGCCUGCUAACCGACCAAUAGUGCCUAGCCCGUACUUUUUCAAAUACUACAACGGCCCAUACAACAAGGGGAAGGAGGCAGACAGAGAGAAGCCCUCCACAGCCUCACAGUUUGAAAACCAAUUUUCCACGCUGAACGGAACUUCCAAGAUAAUAGCCGCCCCUGGCGCUGGUGUGCUGUCGCGUUCACUCAAGUCCCGAUCCGCUGCCUGGAGUGAGAAUGAUCUUAAGCUUCACACAAAACUUCAUACUCAUCCUGCGGGUACUCCCUCGGAACACAUCGAUGACGACACAGACAUCAGAGAUACCUAUUUAUCAGGACGCCAGCUUCCAAGGCCCAUGACUGUGAAUUCAGCUGAACAACCAAGCAUACCCGAAGGUCAAAGUUCAGAGGUCAAGAUUACGAAAGGCGAAGGAUCAGAUCAGCCAGAAACUACCAAGGAGACAGUUUCUUCUCAUUUCCCUGAGGAAAGUGAGGAGAACAAACAUCAAGAAAUCAUUUCUGCAUCUAUACGGACAACAGAAAGGGACUCAACAGAGCCCUCUAGUGGUGCUGACGGCACACAACCAGGGGAGAUAAAUACUACCUCAGCAAACUUAACAAACAUGGAUACAAUUGACAAUUCAAGUUUGUCUGCAGAGCAGAAGGCUGCCAACAGGAAGGGAGAUGAGUUUGUGUUUGGUGUAGCAGACGAACACGGUAAACAAGGGGAAGUAGAGAUAGACACCGCGGACCAAGAGGACGCCGAGCAAGGUAGCGUUACUAAUUGUUAUUCUCACCCUGUGACCAUACAGGUUUCAAGUAAAAUUCUCAGAAACUAUAUAUCAAAUAUUCAUUUAUGAAGCUAUAUUUGACCAAACUUUCAUUCAUAAUAGCAUUUCAUGGCUAAAAUUAGCCAUAUCAAUUUGACAAAACCAAAUGAUGGUCAAAAGAGAAGAAAAGGUUUCAAUUGUAUUAAAAAAGGUGGUUUUUCUUUUCAAAGUGAAAUGUAAAGAUUGGUCACUGUUUUACUAUGGUGUAACUUUGACAAGUGUUUCUUUACCAAAAGUUGGGUCAUUUAACAAGUGUUUCCUUGACAAUUAUUGGGGUCACUUUGACAAGUGUUUUUUUCCUUAAAUGAGGUCACUUUGACAAGUGUUUCCUGUACAAUUAGUGAGGUCACUUUGACAAGAGUUUCCUGUACCAUUAGUUGGGUCACUUUGACAAGUGUAUCCUGUACCAUUAGUUGGGUCACUUUGACAAGUGUUUCCUUUACCAUUAGUUGGGUCACUUUGACAAGUGUUUCCUUUACCAUUAGUUGGGUCACUUUGACAAGUGUUUCCUUUACCAUUAGUUGGGUCACUUUGACAAGUGUUUCCUUUACCAUUAGUUGGGUCACUUUGACAAGUGUUUCCUUUACCAUUAGUUGGGUCACUUUGACAAGUGUUUCCUGUACUGUUAGUUGGGUCGCUUUGACAAGUGUAUCCUGUACCAUUAGUUGGGUCACUUUGACAAGUGUUU